GGAUGGUAUCUUUCCAUAUCUCCCCGCAGCACCUAUAAAUCAUUGAUUAUGUUUUCGCGCCCCAUUUUUUCGUGGGGUAGGCUCCCUUUGUCGGGGUCGGGCCUUCGCCUGGCCAAUCCCACGGGUUCAAGAUGCGUUGACGCAGGGAGGAGAUUCUUCACUUGCAAUCCAUGCCGACAGAAUAUCAACGCACCUUUCAAUACGCCUCAGUCGCAAAAGAGAAAUGCGUCGACUAUGUACUAUACUGCCAGUCUUAUUCUCGGAACCGUUGCCCUCGCCUAUGGCUCCGUCCCUCUGUAUAAAAUGAUUUGCCAACAAACCGGCUGGAACGGUCAACCAGUAGCCACCCACCAGAAAGGCGACGGGGAUACUUCAUCGCGCGUAACCCCGGUUACUGACUCCCGUCGACUGAGAAUUACAUUCAAUGGAUCGGUUUCGGAUGUUCUACCGUGGAAGUUUACACCGCAGCAGCGUGAAGUUCGUGUUUUACCCGGCGAGACAGCACUUGCGUUCUUUACGGCGACGAAUAAAGGCCCGACAGAUAUCAUUGGUGUCGCAACAUACAGUGUCACUCCCGGACAAGUUGCUCCGUACUUUAGCAAGAUUCAAUGCUUUUGCUUUGAUGAGCAGAAGCUGAAUGCUGGUGAAUCGGUGGACAUGCCGGUCUUCUUCUUUAUCGAUCCGGACUUUGCCAAGGAUCCGGCAAUGAAGGGCAUUGACACGAUUACGCUGUCAUACACAUUCUUCAAGGCGCGAUAUGACGACAACGGUGUCUUGAAGCCAUUGCCAUCCAACUAAUGGCAUGGCUGAUUGCUAUAUACUGCUUCCCAGGCAUCAACCAACUGGACUUCUUACGACGCAGACCGAAGCCGAAAUAUACGCUUCCCGGAAACUAUAUACCCAGUAUCACCCUGGGUACGUGAUAUCGAGCGAACCGUCCCAGAGACCUGUCCGCUUUUGUGUGGCUUUUCGAGUAGUAUCGGAAGCCCUCUCUCCUCUCCAAGAACUGGGCAUGGAAAUAUGCCAAGUCUGACGGCCUCAAGCGUACCGCUGGCUUAUUGUAUCAUAGAUAGAGCAUGUACAUAGAGGGUUUUGUAUGGAAUGGGUGGGAUUACAAUUCUAUGUAUAUUAUCUAGGCGUUUCAACGAUUUCUCCAAGGCCCAGGCUCAUGCUCAAAAAACAGAAUGCAC